AUGCUGCUAAAGGGCGUAUCUCCUUUCUGUAUUGCACGAGCAAAAUUAUGCUAUGUUGAUUCGGGGCUCGCAAUAUCACAAUCGUAUUCCCAUCAUAUUUUAGCCGAACGAGUCACAUCGCUUGGCAAGGACUGGCACAAACCAUGCCUUCGAUGUGCCAAUGAGAAUUGUAAGAAAGUUUUGAGUGCUGGCAGCCAUGCUGAGCGUGAAGGCAAACCAUACUGCAAUCAGUGCUAUGGUGCCCUAUUUGGACCAAAAGGUUUUGGACAUGGUGGCACUGAGAGUCACACAUUCCAUGGUGGAGCCACUGGAUAA